CUUCCAGCUCACAAACUCACAAUUCAGAUCCCACCCCCUACGUCACGGUCAGUCACGAGCCUGCCCGCGCACAUUCAUCCCCGGACCCAUCCAUGCCAUGCCGUUCCAGCCAUCUCUCAUUCAAGAACGUACAACGUUGUAGAGCGGCGAAAUAGAGCUUGUGCCUGAAUCCGGCUACCCCCGACGACUAUUUGAAGGCCCUCUUCGGAUCGAUUCUUAUCUACCUUCUCCACACUCACCCUCGCUUUCCACUCCUCCAACCAAAACUCCGCACAAGAUCUACAACCAAUUCACAAACAAACAACUUCUCCUCCCUUUCAACUCCCUUCUAUACAAAGAAACAACUUCUUCUCUACAUUCUUCAAGAUGAAGUUUUCCGUCAUCACCUCCGUGCUUUUCAUGGCAGUCUCCGUGUCUGCCGGAAGCUUCUUCCAGCAGCAGUCCAUCGACGUCCGUUCCGAUGUCGGAGCCGGUCUCACGAAGGUCCCUGGAGCCAACCCUCUCUUCUACUGUGGAGACAACAGCAAGGAUAUCGUGAAGAUUCAGAGCCUUAACUUGACGCCCAACCCGCCGCUUCCUGGCAAGACGUUGGUUGUUGACGCGGUCGGCUCGCUCAAGAGCGCCAUUACCAAGGGCGCCAAAGUCGAUGUUUCCGUCAAGUACGGCUUGAUCACCAUGUUCAAGCAGACCGCAGACAUCUGUGAUAACCUCAACCAGGUGGACCUCGAGUGUCCCGUCAAAGCUGGAAAGUUGACUUUGACUAAGGCGAUUGACAUUCCGAACCAAAUCCCCCCUGGCACCUACGUCGUGACGGCGAAUGCUUAUAUGGGAGAUGGCCGCCCCAUCCUCUGCGUCCAGGGCGCGGUUCGCUUUACCUUGUCCGGCAAAGCCGUCUUCAUCUAGAUGGGCUUUUUUUUCAUGAUCAUCUGCAUGAAUGUCUUUAUGAGCUGUUUGUUUGACCUUUGAUUUCUACUUGACUUCUGUACGAUGGACCUUGGCGUUUUAGCAUUGUGUUGCUCAUGGACUGGUCUGGGGGGGGUUUUUUUCUCCUUGAUUUUCGAUAGCUGUUAAUGAUUUUUUGUAAAUGACGGCGGGCUUGAAUUCGGAUAAUGAAUGGUCACGAUGGCACGGA